UUGUAUCCCUACCUCGAACGUCGAGAGGCGAGAGCAGGUGGGCUCUCGACGAUCUGCUCGAGAGCAGCGAGAGAGUCCCGGUCUGCCGCCUCCUGCGCUCGCACCGGUGGCACGCACCGGCCUCCGAGAGAGAGACUCACGCGAGUUCGUUGGCCGACCGUCACCCGCGCGCCCGUUUUCCCGAUCGCUCUCGCGUUACUGUUCUCCAUCUGGGCGGACACCAGAUUCUGGAGGCUGAGUCGAAAAAGGGCACCUGGACCUGAACUGGUGCGGGUGCGGUAUAACUCGCCCCGUUCUCUUCCCCUCCUGUCGACCACCAGAGGAGAACUCCACACUGCAUGGGCAUCAUGGGUUCCAGUCGAGAAAUCGACCCGCGUCACCCAACCUGCCGGCAGGUGCUAACUCGCGCGUGACUCCGGUGUUAGCUUGGAAUCAUAGUCGCGCGCCCGCUCGCGCUGACCGGACGUGUUCGCCGAGCUGGUAAGAGUCAGUGGGAAAUUGUAUAUCACGUGAUUGUAAAAAUUCCGAGGAAUUCUUCCGUUUUAUCGCUUCACUACUGAAAAUACCGGAAGAUCAUAUCUGGAGAUUUAUCCAAAAUCGAAGACCUUCUUUACGGACCUGUCUUAACGUUUAAAUCUGCAAGACGCCCCGUUUUAUAGAGUGCGAAGAUAAGAAGUGACCAAAAAUACCUGGGAAAGUUUUGAAUAUACUUCGGAGGGAUCAAUUUUGAUAUUUGUGAUAUUUCGAAAAAUUUUGGGUAUUCGUUUAAAGCGAGAAGGAUAAGAAAUAGCCAUACAUGUUUAAAAAAAAAUUAGACACCUGGUUCAAACCAGUUUUAAGAAUACUAAAUUUUUCGCUUGAAAAUUAAGAAAGGUUUAGAGUGGCGGGAAAAUUUCUGAGGGCAAUUUUGAAGAUUCUGAGACUCCUGUGGACUCGUCUAAAGUGCAAGAUCAGCCGUUCGAUCGACGCGGAGUAGAAGUACCGUUGUCUCUGGUCGUUCUGAGGACUCGCGGAUGAACGGCCUUGACGGCGCAAGCCUCGGCGCGAGUCUCGGCCUGGUCCGAACUAGGACAGCGAAGCGUGUGCUCCAAUAGAUGGACGGAAAGAUCGAGCGAGAUUCUCGUUUCCUUCUGGAAACGAACAGAAAGAACUUCCUUGAACGGACCUGAGGCUUUUGGUUUUUUUGAGGCGUUACGCAGCAGCGACAAAAUCCGGUUUUGCAUGGGUGUAUAUCAGGAAACUGGCAAGCCUCCUCCUCCUAAUGUCACCCCGAAGAUGGCCAGGGAUCGCGCCGGGUCGGACUACUCAGGCCACAUGAGCGAUACCACCACGUGCAGCUGCGUCGCGAGCUCUAUCGACAAGUGCUCGUUGCGCGGCUGCGGCAUGUUCCAAGAGCCGUUCUUCCUGCAUCCGCCGGGCUCUCGACCGCGGGACGGUAUCUACAUAAAUCCUAUGAGUGCAUACAUCGGCGAACCGCCUAAGCCUAAGGACACAGCCGAGUCCUUCUACCUGCACAGCCCGCAUGAUCUUGUCUACACAAGGAUCACGCGGCUGUUUGGCGACGGCGAGAAGUCGCGAAACGGCGUCGCGGCGGAGCAGCGCCAUAUGCCGGAGAGGAAAGACGAGACUCUGACUGUGAAAGUGGACGUGCACAUCAACAACGGCGGAUUCGUCGGCCGGCCGCAUCCCGGCAACGGACAUGCGGCGCGCUCCGAGAUCGCGAGGGAGUCCUCGGAUCAUGCUUACGAGCAGAUCUGCGUGAGGCAGGAAGAAACGAGCAGCGUGAGCUCGUCAUCGCGGAAAAAGCCAGUGGACAAUACCUCCGACAGCAGUCGUUCUCGAAAAAUCGACAGGCGAUACAGCCGAUCCAGCAGCGCCAGCGAAUCCUCGAACAUGAGCAGCGAGGUCCAUGGCCUCUCCUCGACGACGUCCACCCCGUCCUUGUCACGACACAGUAGCAGCGAACGGAUUAGCAAAUCGGGGAUUAAAACAAACGCGGAAACGCUACACGAGAGGAAGGACUCGUCCAGCGUGCAAGUGGAAAGUGAAAAGGAGAUCCGUACAAAUGGCAACGGCGGACCUAGUCUCUCGAAACCACCGCCACCGCCACCGCCACCGCCGCCGGAUGACGACGUGGUAGUCGUCCUGGUGAACGCAAAGCUGAAUGCAGAUGCCGACAAAAAAGAUGCGCGAGGAAACGGUCAAGACGGAAGGACCGAGUCCGCGACCAACAAGUCCGACACAUCAUCCUCCGGCGAGCAUCCGCAACAGCCGGAAGUGCCGGCUCCCGCCAGUGCGCCGGUGGACGUGGACGAAAUUAAAGCGAGUCAGACAUCCCACCUGGUAAACAGGCACAUGGUACUGCCGUUCAUACCGCCAAAGUUCGCCAACGCGGACUCCAACACCCUGCUCAAGCCAUCCGAGUACCUGAAAAGUAUUUGCAAGGUGUCAUCUAAAAACAGCCUGUCGAAGGCGAGGUCAGUGGACAACUUGGACAUCCAGAGCCGGAAUACGGAGCAGGGUGAAGAGGAGGAGGAGGAGGAAGACGAAGAGGAGGGGGCGCAAAGGAGCAACGGGGAGACCAAAGGAUCUCCUACGGGCCCCCCGCCGCCACCUCUGUCUCCCUUGCAGCAACGAACACGAGCAGGAAAUCAGGUCCUGGGUGCCACCACCGCCGGUAACGAGACCGAAAGCUCCAAGAGCUCCCCGCAGCAACCCUUAGCCACAAUCAGCAUCCAGGACCUCACCAGUAUCCAGCUACGACGGACUAGCACGAAGAUGAACGCCACCAAGACAUUCUCCGCUCCGCCUCCUCGCAGCGUGUCCAUGACUAACGUCUCGGAGCCGUUCUUCGUGCAGAAGACAGACCUAAUUGCCGAAUUGAAGCGCACAAAGGAUAUACCCGGAAUCAAAAAACUAAAGGUGGAGAGGGCGCAGGUCGAGAAGACUCAAGAGCAGAAUCUCAUGUCGGAAAUUAGCAAAGCGUUCAACGUUACAAAUUUUGUUGAUCAAAUCCCCGAGAAGGACAGCUCAGGAAACGUAAUACCAAUCUGGAAGCGACAGAUGCUAGCCCGAAAAGCUGCUGAACGUGCGAAAAAAGAGCUCGAGGAGCAAAUAGCGCGAGAGAACGAGGAGAGGCGCCAGAAGGCGAUUCCGCCAUGGAAGCGACAGCUUCUCGCUAAGAAGGACAACGAGGAAAAGAGAUUCAUGAAUCAGACGCAGGUAUCCGCAUCGACAAGCACCAAAUUUGAGGCAACGUCGGCAAACCCGAAGAGGGACGCCUCGCCGGCGGCGACGCGGGCGUCGUGCGUCAUCAAGAAGGAAGAAAAACCCGAGGUCGAGGAGAAACGGGACGAUCCUGUCAAGGACGAUUCUGAUGAUGGUCAGAUUAUACCCUGGCGAGCGCAAUUAAGGAAGACUAACAGCAAACUUAAUAUCCUCGAUUAAUCACUACGAACUUGUCGAAAGAGACGCGCAUGAUGAAGUAUCGCGUGUUUAAUCGCGUGUAAUUUAAACGCGUAGGAUUAUGUACCAUGAAAUCUUUCCGAAACUUAACAAAACUUACCAACACGGAAAAAUGCGAGGAAGACAUAUCUCGCUAGUUAAGAUAAUAAACGAACGUAUAAGAUAAUUAUACGGAAUUAUAAUAUAAUGCGAAGCGUAUUGAAUAUUCUCUAAAAAGUAAUAUGUACUGAUGCUCUAAAAAAGUAAAAAAUAUUUUUAUAUAUUUCAUAGGAUGUCCUCGCAAACCUUCUUCGUAAUUAACGUUGUAUUAUACAUAUGUAUAUAUAUAUCUCUUAUUUUUUGUUUUUACGGAAACUAUCCUGGAGCAAAUUUAAUAGAUAUUUCAAGGUUGCAAGAAUUCAGAAAAAUAGGAAACUUGUCCGCUUUUCCUCAAAUAAGAAGAGAUAAGAAAAAACUCAUGAGGAUAUAAAAACUGAAAUAUUGUUCAUAAGAAGUAUGGUAAUUGUUGAACUGCACCAUGAAAAAAACAACGCUGGAAUUGCAAAAAAUGUUAAUUAUCACGUAUUUUGAAGUAUAUAUAUAUAUAUAGUAUUUUGCGAUAUAUGUACAUAUAAAUAAGUCCUAUAAUUCAUUUGCAUUGUAAAACUUGAGAUAAGGCUAUUCAUUUGUCGAUCAGUUUAUUACUACGAAACUGAAGAAAUGAAAAAAUUGUGUUCUUCACUUCAAUUUUAUUGUUUCCGAUUAUAUUUAUUGAACUCAACGCCAUUCAGAAAUUGUUUACUUCUUCAAAUCAGUUACUUCAACGGAAAUUUUAUUUAAUCGCGGGUGUCCGAACAGACAGUUGAUGAUUCUAGGUCUAAUUAAUCGUGUCAAAGAGAGCAUCAGCAGCGUGGUGAAUAUGCUUGAUAACUUCCAAUUACAGUCAUUAGAUCAGUGAAUUAAUGUUGACGUUGAUUAAUCACUACUACGUCAUGAUAAUGUCUGGCGCGUUACAACGUAUCGCUC